ACAAGCCUGUUGCUGUUUACUGUUCACAGGCGAAGUAACUGGGAUUUUAUUCUGUUGUUUCCUUUUCUUAUCGUCCAUAUAAGCAGCAAAGCAACAUAUCGUGCUGAUACAAUCGUUAAUAAUGCUGUCGUGAAUCUAUUAUCACUCCAAACUGGAUGGGAGAAGAUAUGUAUUUAGCAGUGAAUUAGCAGCACUACACUUAAACUUUGCGUUAGGCCUGUAUAGAGGCCGCCGGUGAUGAGUGCCAGCCGGGUUAUAACGUCGACAGCCGGCAGGAGGAAAGUUGAAGUCAGCCGGAGCAUGAAGCCCCGAGGAGCCAACAAGGUGCUGGCCGAGAGGAACCAGGCGGUGGUGGCGGUGGGAGCCUGGGUGGAGGGCGGAGAAGACAUCCCGGAGCAUCCGUCUGAGCUGGCUUUGCUAACUGAUGAGCUCCAGGCAGAGAAGAAGAGGGAGAAUGAAGAGAGCCUGCGAAGAUUUCAAGAUGAAGUGCGCCACCGUGUGGCACAAGUCAGCAAGAAGAGACAGCAGUUUCCAAAAACAGACUCAGUGAUUAAACCUGAUCGGAGAAUCCCACAGCAGCGUCAGGACUGGACUCAGCAUGUUUCUGCUAGUGAAAAGCUGAUGUUUGCCUCUCCUCAGAGGGAGGAACACCUUUCUAGGAUGAUGGAGAGGAGCUCACAGGAGCCAAGUGAAGGCAUGAGGCAGGUGAGACUCAGACUGGCUGCCUGCCGGAUGAUCCCACAAGGGGAAGUGACGUCAGAUCUUCCUGGAGGCGAGUGGAACAUCUCUCCAAACAGACAUAAAGAUAAAUCUCAUGUGCCAAGAGCAGAGCAGGAAGUGGAAGACGAUGAGGAGGAAGAAGAGGGAGAUGAUCUACUCUUCUCUAGUCAACAUGAAUGUCCCCUUGUUCAGCAGAAUAUCAGCAGCGGCACCUUUCAUCACAGUUUGGUGAGUGAACGUGAGUUGUGGGAUACUGGCCGAUCACAACCUGAUCCUCGUUUUAAGUCCAGCCUCAGAGACCCUCCGGUCCUGUGGCCCCUGGCUGAACAAGAAGAACUGAAAAGACAGCGUCAGUCACAGUUCCUGAUGCACCGCCGUCUAUACAUGAACAUCGAAAGAGAGCAAGUGAAAGAGAACAAACAACACAGGAAACACCUGAAGAGGACGGCAAGGAUCAAAGCAGAGAAAGAACAGAUUCGUCAGGAGGAAGAAAGAAAGUUGGAGAGAGCACGGCAGCUCGCAGAUGCCCGACAGAAGCUGGAGGAGAGAGAGUUGCUGAUUCUGGAGCGACUGAAGAUUGAGGAGGAGGAGCGAGCGGUGGAGCUAGAGAGGAGGAAAAAACAGGAGAAAGGAAAAGUAGCUGCAAGGUUCAUUGAGGCUCUGAGAGCACAGAUGAAGCAGCGUCUGUCUCAGGAGAAGCUGGAGCUCCCUCCUCUUUGCUGCUGUGCGUCCUCUUUCUGGGACUCCCACCCCGACACAUGUGCCAACAACUGUGUCUUCCACAACAAUCCCAAAGCAUACGCCCAGGCGCUACAUUCAGCAAUGUUCAGUUUGGAUUUACAAUAAAUGAAGAUGAUGAGCUGCAGUGGAGAUUGUCUGGAAGAAACAGGCUCCUUGCUGUUUGCUUUCUAAAGGAGAAGUCUGACAUGUUUUGAAAUACAGAGUAAAUUGUCAAACCCAGAGUCGGACGACAAGAGUCAUACAAGUUUUGUCCCUGUACGUCCUCCUUAAAGAUACGUCCAGGACAUGUUUAUCCUCCAGACUUUUCAUCUACCACUGUCAACAAGUCAGCAGAUUUUUAACAUGAAUGAUUUCAACAUUGGUGAUAUAUUUCAACAUCUACAAUGAAUCUGCACAAACUUUUGCAUUUUUGGGUUUAGAGUGAAAUAUCAGUUCAAAUGUUGUUGGAUUGCCAAUUUAGCUUAAAGCACCACUAUGCCUCAGUGCAGCCUUACAGAGCUACUGGUAUAGCUGCAGACUCUGUCAUGUUCUGCUAUUGUUGAAACUGAGCCU